AUGGAGGACCCCUGGAGCUUGGUACGACUAGGCCUGGGCUCUCUGGCAGAAGAGUCCUGGAGGGUGAAACAGGCCUUCCGCGAGAUGCCCAAGGCCUGGAAACUCCGUCCGCCUAGCGCGCCCAGCGGCAGCUGGUGGCAGGAGUACGAGCAGACGCAGACCUUUGAUCAAUUCAAGCGGGCCGUGCCAUUCAGACCCAACACCGUGUCGUGCAUUCAGGUGGCGGUGGUUGGGGAUGAGGAACUGAUCGCUCGCCAGAUGAACUUCGACCAGGUCUUGAAGCAUGUGGAGGUUUUUACUGGCUUCAAGGUAGUGCAACGAGGAGGCAUUGACCAUCCCAUGCCCCGGAUGCGGCUGAGCGCUGCGGGGCAACGCACUUCGAUGGACGGCCUGCCGCAAAUUGGUGGGCACUAUGUCUUGGCCUUCCUCCAAGGUUUUCUGGAUCCGCGGGCGGCUUGUACUUUGGCAGUGACUCCGGUGGAUUUGUACCCCCCGGAGCAGUACGACUUCGUCACUGGCAUGAUGGACCCGGGAGAUCGACUUGGACUCUUCUCCAGCGCCAGGUAUUUUCAUCAACAUGAGGAAGCUCAUCGUAGCAGUGUCGUGGACAUCGAUGGAGACUCUCGAGAGUUAGGACUUGGUGCGGGUUUUCCUCAAACACCGUCGGUACGAAGUCGACGGCUGGAACUCUCCAAGAUCUUCGCGAAGCUAUUGUGCCGAGAGAGCUUGAAACUCUGUGGGGCCAAAGAGUGCCAUUUGCUGCAUUGCCUCAUGAAUCCUCUCCCCGAGACAGAUGGACAAGUCCUGCCAGAGGCCAUCGCUCAUGUCCCUUUCUCACUCUGCUGCAUUUGCCUGCGGAAGUUGCAAUGGCUCACACAGGCCGAUUUGCUCGACAGAUACGCUCGGCUGCCGCCAGUGAUCAACAGUUGGUUCUUUGAGGAGACACAGUGGCUGUGGGAGAGGAUGGUACAGGUAGGAAUGCCCACAGCGGUUUGCUUGAGCAUUCCUGAGCCCACAGGCUCUAAGUUCAAGUUUGGGCUGCCAAAGAGACGCAAUGGCAAGAAGCCGGAAGAUGGCGAAGAUGGAGAUUUCUGAAGCGGAACUAGAUCACACCAGUCACGCGUCACGGAUUGUAAGUCUUAAAGCGGCCAGAAUUCGAGAUACCCACAGACUGGACAUUU